CUCUCUUUAUUCAAGCAAAAAUAUAAGGGCUUGAUUUAUAAGUGGAACUUUCAAGUGACCAUAAAGAAAACAAACACUGAAUAUAAAUGUCUAAUGCACUCUUGUUACGAUUAUUUACUUCCGAGUUUUUUAACUCAUGGAUAGCCGUAUCCUACUUAUUUCGAUAUUCUGAUAAUGUUGGUAUUCAACACUACCUCUGUGCCGAGCUAAAAAAGUUCCCCAUAUCUGAAAUCGAGUUCUUUUUACCCCAAUUGAUACACCUUUUGAUCACCAAACCAUCAGAAUCAGUGGCGCUCGAGUGUUUUAUAAUAGACAUGUGUGAAAAAUCAACGCAUAUGGCGAUUAUGUCACUUUGGUAUUUACAAGCAUACCUUUCUGAUUUGUCUGCCAAUCCAUCCGGAGGCUCAUUCGAGUUGUGCAAACGGGUCUUGAAUAAAUGUCAAGCCAUUGUCUUUUCAGACGAACACGACGAUGGCACAUCCAGAGCCCCACCUUUACCUAACCAAAAGGUCAAAGAAAACGUAUUACCUGCCAUCGUGGGUAUCGGCGCCAUGCUGGCAGGUAUCGGACAACCCUUAAUGACACGACCUGCAGGACAGAUUGCGAUUGCCCAAGGUCGAAGGAACCGAACACUGAGCAUCACAUCCAAUCCACCGACGACACUCGCGAGAAGAAAUACAACAGACAACACGAUCAGACCAGAGAGUGAACCAGAUCAUGCCAAGCGAUCGAUUGCUUCCGAUAUCGCGCCUUCCUACCACCAACCUUAUCUGUCAGCCUCUCAUCCGGACCUAUCUGUUUCCAAAAAGAAACAUGUUCAUUUCAACCCAUUCACAAGUUCCCCUUCGCUUGAAGAUCUUCAUCGUGGGAAGGCAUUUUCAGUAGCAAGAUAUAUCAAAACAGCUCAGCAAAAGUUAAAUCUAAAAAUUAAUCAGGAAGACAAAAGCAGUAGUAAUAGUAAAAACUUUGAGAGCCUUUCCGUGUUUGAUCCAAAACUGACUGCCCUUGGACAAUCCUCGGUCCCGACCAACACAGCCCCUCGAUCGCCUGUCCUCUCGGAUUGUUCAUCAUCCGAAGAUAUAUCCCGCAAAUACAUCAAAAAUAGCAAACUGUCUACAUCCAUCGAGUCUUAUGAUUCUGAUCACAGUCGUCAUGAAAAUAGUAGCAGUAGUAGUAGCGAUGAAGAAGUAUCCGAACAAAAGACAUUAUCCAAACUGAGCAUCGAAAACCGAAAAAUCCUACUACGCUCAAACUACUUUAGAUCAGAAAUGCAAUUCUUAUUGGCCCUGGUGGAUAUUGCCACACGUCUGGUCAUUGUGCCCAAGGAAGCACGGAUGAGCGCUCUACAGGCCGAACUGACCUUGUUGAACCAUAACUUGCCUGCUGAAAUUUGUCUCCCUCUUUGGUGUCCUGCUACUACUGAAAAGCCCUAUCAUCAUCGUAUCGUGCGCAUCAGUCCGUCUGAUGCCGUCGUGCUGAACUCGGCAAAAAACGCUCCUUAUCUGCUCAUGAUAGAAGUACUGGAUGACGAAUUGAGUUUUGAAGAUGAUGGUUAUUCUUCUGUGGUUUAUCGUAAACGACAAUCAUUAAAAAAGCCAGUACAUCGAAAACGUGCAUCCUUGCCGGUCAAAGUAAAAGAACAAGUCGUGUCUGCAGAUAUUGGCGAGUACCAUCCGUUCCAACAUGUCGAGAAAAGGGCUCCCGUGAGCCCUUCGACCAGUCGACGUAACUCGAAGUCCGCAGAUGAUUAUGCAGAACGUAUGCGUACGGCCGCUGUGAUGUUGGCACAGCUGCAACAAGGCGCGAUCAGUCAUAUAGGAUACAGUAAACCAAGGUUCAGACAGGGGACGGAGCAGAUCAGACAAAAGAUUAUACAGGAAAUGGUGGCUUUAGAAGAGCAAAGGAUGAAGAAGAUGAAGACGGAGGGUGUCGGCAGUGGUAUCGGUGGAGGAGGAGGAGAAGGUGCAGGCGGAGACAUGCUGGAAGAUGAGCAGCGUGUUGCCUGGGUUGUCAAUAAGGAGGAUCCAAGUGCUGCUGUGCUGUCUGAAAAUUGGGAAGCCAAAAAGGAACGUCUACGUGCGUCUUCACCUUAUGGUCAUUUACCGAAUUGGCGACUUAUAUCUGUCAUUGUGAAAAACGGAACGGAUCUUCGACAGGAACAAUUUGCUAUCCAACUGAUACGUGAGAUGCAACGCAUUUGGGAAGAUACCGGUGUCAAUGUCUGGGUGAAAUACUUUAGAAUCUUGGUCACUUCGGACAACUCUGGCUUAAUUGAAACUUUACGCAAUACGGUAUCUAUCCAUUCUAUCAAGAAGGAGGCAUAUACAAGAGGGUGGAACGAAAAGGGUGCGGUGUUUACGCUAUAUGAUUACUUUGAAAGGUCAUGGGGACCACCCGAUUCGGACGAGUUCAUAAAAGCGCAGGACGCGUUUAUGAGAAGUUUAGCAGGAUAUUCAAUUGCUUGUUACCUACUACAAAUCAAGGAUAGACAUAACGGUAAUUUAUUAAUUGAUGACGCUGGUCAUUUGAUACAUAUUGAUUUCGGAUUUAUGUUAUCCAACUCUCCUGGCUCUGUUGGAUUUGAAAUGGCGCCAUUCAAAUUACCGCAGGAAUAUAUCGAUAUCUUGGGCGGUAUCCAUGGUGAGAAAUUCGCUGAAUACAAAGCGCUGAUGAAGGCAGCGUUUUUGGCGGUUCGUAAGCACAGUGAAAACAUUCUGCUGCUUACAGAAAUGAUGUGCAAAGAUUCUAAACUACCUUGUUUCCAAAAUGGAGAUCUUACGGUGGCACAGCUAAGAGAUAGAUUUCAAUUACAAUUGACAGAACCUCAAGCAGAGGAGCUUGUUGACAAGCUGAUCAUGAGCAGUUGCUGUAACGUGUUUACCCGACUAUAUGAUACCUUUCAAUACUAUUCACAGGCAAGUAUAUACAUAAAAUACAAUUUGGGAGAUACUGAACAGCGUAACUAUAGGGAAUUCUGUAAAUCCACCUCUCUUUUUUCUCUUACUUAA